CAGGAGCGCGGAGCAGCCGACCACCACGCCGCCUCCGGUGCAUGGGGCCCGGCUGAGGAGCCAGCAUGGGCAACUGCGUGGGGAGACAGCGCCGGGAGAGGCCGACCGCCCCAGGACACCCCCGCAAGCGAGCAGCUGCCUAAAUUUAUACUUUGAAGAAUUCUCUCUGCUGUCUUUGUCUCCAUGUCCUGGAGGAGUCAUUCGCUGGGCCCUGCUGGUUCUUCCUUCAGCAGGUCUUACAAACCUGCCCCUUGUCACCUCAAGGCCAACUCAUCUCCCAGACUGAAGUUAGUUCCCCACCAAAGACUAUUUUCAUCACAGCAGCCAGAGAGAUGCUGUAAACUGAAUUCUUUGAGGCCUGGUUUGAAGUUAUUUUCCUACAAAGAGGAUUUGCAUUUCCUUCGGCUAACCCAGGAACACUUCAGAUUAAAUGUCUGGCUUGAGAGUUUUCUGUCUGCACUGGUAACGGCAAACCCACAGGAGGGCCGUUUGUGGAUUCAGUCUGACCUGAGGUGGAACUCUCACUCUGUCACUUACUGUGUGACCUCGGGACGCAACGAGCCCCUGAAGAAGGAGCGGCUGAAGUGGAAGAGCGACUACCCAAUGACCGAUGGGCAGCUGCGGAGCAAGAGGGAUGAGUUCUGGGACACAGCGCCCGCCUUCGAGGGCCGCAAGGAGAUCUGGGACGCCCUCAAGGCUGCCGCCUACGCAGCCGAGGCCAACGACCACGAGCUGGCUCAGGCCAUCCUGGACGGAGCCAGCAUCACCUUGCCUCAUGGCACCCUCUGUGAAUGCUACGAUGAGCUGGGCAAUCGCUACCAGCUGCCCAUCUACUGCCUGUCGCCACCCGUGAACCUGCUUCUUGAGCACACUGAGGAGGAGAGCCUGGAGCCCCCCGAGCCCACCCCCAGUGUGCGCCGAGAGUUCCCGCUGAAGGUACGCCUCUCCACGGGCAAGGACGUGAGGCUCAGCGCCAGCCUGCCUGACACGGUGGGGCAGCUCAAGAGGCAGCUGCACACCCAGGAGGGCAUCGAGCCAUCCUGGCAGCGAUGGUUCUUCUCUGGAAAGCUGCUCACAGAUCGCACGCGGCUCCAGGAAACCAAGAUCCAGAAAGAUUUUGUCAUCCAGGUCAUCAUUAACCAGCCCCCGCUGCCCCAGGACUGAGGAGCCCACGGACCCCUGGGCAGAGAGACCAGGGAAGGCCUCUGCAGGGCUGAGAGGCCUCCCGGCUGGAGCACUAGUCACCCCCACCCUGCCGCUGCCUUUGAGAGCCGUUCUUUUCUCCAGGGGAGCCUCCCGUGUAUGGCUGCCGGGCGAGCCCUGAGGGGACCCUGCUUCCCAGGGACUCCAUGGGCCACCAGUGCCCAGCACGCAGGAAACAGUGUGCUGCCACACACAGGCCUUGCCAACCUUGUCAGAGUAAAGGCAAACCAGGGUCCUCCACCCUGCCUCUCUCCCGCGGCAGGUUCAAGCCACGAGGGCCAGCCCGGAGGCCCCUGGAGCCCAGAUCUGUCAUCUGGUGCUGCCGGCUGUGCUCACUCCGGUUUUCUGCUCAGGGUCUGAAGCAGCUGCUGUCUCCCUCCCUUGCCCCUACCCCCUGACUCUGCCCUGGGCCCAGUGCCAGCCCCCCAGAGGGGAGGGGACCACUCGUGAGCCCCGGGGGUGGGGAGCCCGAGGCCGGCCUCUGCCUCUCCCGGCCCCCAGCACAGCUGGCAGAGAUGAGGUGGUGGCCGAUGGCUGGGCUGUCAUGGCAGAGGCCUGCACAGGGCCAUCUCCUGGCUGUAACCCCGGCAGUGGGGGGUCUGCAGCCCGCUCACGGCCCCGCAGCAGGUCCCUGUGUGCAGACACGUCUGCAUAUUUAUCAAUAAAGCCUUUUGCUCCUUCCUUC